CAUGACCAGUCACCACCAGCCACCGCGAUUGCGUGCCAACUUCAUCUCUUCUCCUCCAUCUACCAUCCUUUGUCCGACAUAGUAAGGAUACGGCGUUUUCAAAAUGGGCCAGGCUCCAUCCAAACCACAAGUCGCCGACGAAAAAGAGGCCGUUGCUCGUCGUAUGAGCCGCUUAAGUCUCGACAAGACCGGCUAUGUCUAUGUCGAGAACGACGAUGCGCCUCCCCCAUACAACAGCGAUGGCCGCAUCAACACCCUUUCGCUAGACCAGACAAAGCACUGGGAAGAGCAGCUUUUGUCGUCUCCAAGGAACCGUCUCGCAAUCUCCGCCCUUACCCAGAACCGCUUCUCCGAUAUUCUGACCAACCAAGGCGCCACUGUUGUCGAUAAUCAGGUGUUCAAUAUCAAGAUCCCGCUCGAGGGAGCCCCCAUCACCAACCAGCGUUCGUCCGGCCGAUGCUGGCUGUUCGCCUCCACCAAUGUUUUCCGAGUUGCGAUUAUGAAGAAGUACAAUCUGAAAGAGUUCGAGCUUAGCCAAUCCUAUCUAUUCUACUGGGAUAAGAUCGAAAAGGCGAACUGGUUCCUAGAAAACGCAAUCGACACCGCCGGUGAAGACCUCGAGGGGCGUUUGGUUAAGGAGCUGUUUGCGCAGCCCGUCAACGAUGGUGGACAAUGGGAUUUUGUUGCAAACCUUGUCAAUAAGUAUGGUCUGGUACCGCAGGAUUUGUACCCGGACUCGUACAACGCGAAGAACAGCAGUAAGAUGAAUGGUUUGAUCACCACCAAGCUCCGAGAGCAGGCAUUGGCUUUGCGCAAGCUCGUCACUAGCGGAAAGCAGCAUCUGAUCGAGCAGUACAAGCGCAAUGCCCUGCAAGAGAUCCAUACGAUCCUUACAAUCAUGUUGGGACCUCCCCCCAGUCCCGAUAAGGAAUUCACAUGGACUUUUUAUGAUGCCAAUGAGAAGUUCACCAAGGUCAUCACCAAGCCCACUCAAUUUGCGGCGACAUUGUCCGACAAGCAGACUGUUCGUGCGUGUGGAGGAACUGAUGUUCAUCAACUGUUCAGCUUGGUCAAUGAUCCUCGGAAUGAAUACAACCGUCUUUUGACUGUAGAUCGACUUGGAAAUGUCGUGGAUGGUGUACCAGUGCGAUACGUCAAUGUGGACAUGGAUAUCAUCAAAGCAGGCGCCAUUGCUAUGCUCCGCGCCGGAAUUCCUGUCUUUUUUGGCAGUGAUGUGGGCCAAUUCUCCGACCCUGCUUCUGGGAUCAUGGAUACCGAUCUUUAUGACUUCAAUCUAGGCUUCAACAUUACCCUGGGCCUUACUAAGGAACAGCGCCUAAAGACCGGUGAGUCCGCCAUGACUCACGCUAUGGUCCUAACAGCCGUGCACAUCGAGGGUGGAAAGCCUGUCCGAUGGAGGGUGCAAAACUCAUGGGGUGAUUCCGCGGGCGACAAGGGCUGGUUUGUGAUGACGGACAAGUGGAUGGAUGAGUUUGUGUACCAAGUCGUGGUUGAUCCACGAUUCGUGAGUCAAGCGACAAGGGAUAUUCUGAAGCAGGAUCCUAUUGUGCUGCCACUCUGGGACCCUAUGGGUGCGUUGGCUUAGUAGUCAUGCUGAUGACUCGAUGAGCUUAUGAUAUUAUAGCGAAUGAGCAUUUAUCCAAUUAUAAGCAAGUAAUGAACAUAGACAA